AUGUGGAUGAUGGGUUACAACGAAGGAGGUGCUGAUUCCUUCAACGGAGGAAGAAAGCUUCGUCCUCUCAUCCCUCGCCUCUCUUCUUGCCCUACGGCCACCGCCGCCGCAACCACCAACUCCGAGCACCGUAUUAACAUGGUGGUGGCGAUGACGACGGAGCAGAACAAGAGGGAGCUGAUGAUGCUAAACUCAGAACCGCAACAUCCACCGGUAAUGGUGAGCUCACGAUGGAAUCCGACGGCGGAUCAGUUAAGGGCUCUUGAAGAGCUUUACCGACAAGGAACUAGGACUCCUUCGGCCGACCAUAUCCAACAAAUCACCGCACAGCUACGACGGUACGGGAAGAUUGAAGGCAAAAACGUUUUCUAUUGGUUCCAAAACCACAAAGCCCGUGAACGCCAGAAACGUCGACGACAGAUGGAAUCUGGUCACGAAGAAUCGGUAAUUACAACAACAACGAGUCUUGUCUCAAACCAAGAAUUCGACAAGAGAAAUCCACCAGGUUACAAGGUUGAACAGACCAAGAACUGGAUAUGUUCGAGAGAGAGAGAUGAUGUUAGAGAAGAUGAGGCAGUGGAAAAGACCAAAAAAUUGAUCCAAAAAGCUGCAGAGGUUUCCUUUCUGUCGGGACAGCUGCUACGUACGAUCGAUUCUUUAGCUAAGAUCCAAGAUCAUAAUCAUCAGGAGGAGCCAACGAACAGACGAGUCGAGCGUAAUGGUCGUUGUGGAGGAGACGAGUUCAGGCGAAGCUUUACGGGGAGAAACUCCACGUGGCAUAUGAUGCAGUUGCCACCUGGACUCUACCCUUCUUCACAUCACCAUAACCUCGUUCUAAAUUCCACUACUGUUUCUUCAAACAUGUCCACUAGCAACAGUAGUGUUUCCUCUGCUAAAGAUACGUUCACUGUUUCACCUUCAUAUCUGAGCACGAGAGCAUCGAAGAACCCACAGACUUGUGAUGAUGGUAAAGAUCAAGAACAACGUGAAGAAGAUUGUUCUAACGGAGAAUCAAAUCAUCAACAAGAACAUACACUUGAGCUGUUUCCAUUGAGAAAAGAAGGUUUUUGUAGCAAUGUUGAAAGAGACAAAGAGAGUGGUAUCCACUGUUUCUAUGAGUUUCUUCCAUUGAAGAACUAA